AUUAAAAUGAAAAUAAUCGAGGUAGAAUAAAAGUCCCAAGAAAUUAUUUUAGACGCUUGCUCUUAAAAGUUACAAAAGUUAAUGCAUAAAAGGUGGGUAAAACUAAAAGUUUGGUCGCAUGUUGUGCAGACGAAAGUAGCUGGGUAACUAAUUCAGCGGAAUAAGUGCACACAUCGGAAAAGAGAUUCGAGGUAAAGUUGAAAAGGUGGAGACCGCCUGCACAACCUACGAUUGUUUUUCCAUAAUAGAUUAACUAGAUAGUCCAGGGAAGUAGGGGGAGUUAGGGAAAAAGCUUCUUGUCCGAUGUAGUUCGUUACGUCAGUUUCCGAUCGGACAACCCUCUGAAGGGUUCGAAAAUAAUUCAAACAUCAUAUAAAAAUUAAUAAUCCUUUUGGGAAAAAUAGCAGAGUGGCUUUUUCCCUGCAGUGGGAAACUCUACGAAAACCGCAAAUUCCUGCUCCGAAUGGCCAGAAUGUCUGAAAAAGGAAAACUCUAUGCUUACACGUGGCUGAACGAGUGGCUUUUACGUUUUUCCGGUUUCUUGCCGCCCCAAGGAGAGAUAACCGCGAAAAAAGAGGCUGUUCGAUACGUCAUCUUGGGAACAUCCUUCUUCUAUUUCAAUUUUCUCCUGAUUCCGUGCGUCGAAGUCAUUCUGAACAAGGUAGGUAUACCACCCCCUUGGUCCGACAUGAUUUUCAAUCAACAAUUUACCCCUCACAAAAUAUUUUUCCUAACUCGCAAUUUGACUUCAUAAAAUUGAUCUCGCCACGCCUUAUCACCAGGAAACGACGAAAGAGGACUUGAUGACUGCAGUGAUUUUGCUUCUUUCGUGCGGAGGAGGGGAACUGAAGGUAAUACUGGUGCUGAUCAACAGGAAGACUAUCGGGCGAUUAUUGAAGGCGAUCGAGGAAUUAGCCAACGACACCGAGUCCGAGGAAUUCGCCAUUUUGUCUUCCUGGGCAGUUAUCGGAAGACGUUUGACCCUGUGCUUCGUCUCGUUCGGAGUGAUGCUGGCAUUUCACUGGGCAUUCCUUCCAGUGUUUCUUCAUUUUACAGGCCUGAAAAUCGCAGAGAUGACGCCUUAUCCUUUAUCCAUUAACGUCUCCUCCAUAGACGCGCUAAAAUUCGAGAUGAUAUGCAUUGCGCAGACCGUAUCGGCGUUCGGUUGCGUUUUCAGUGCAGUGGGGGUCGAUUCCAUCAGGGUUACUCUAAUUUUUGAAAUUUGCGGCCAACUGGAUCUGAUCUGCUUCUGGUUGAAGCAGACACAGUCCGACGAUCUUGUCUCUUCUAGGGAUAUAAUAUAUAAAUGUGCCAGGCGACAUCGCUUUAUGCUGAUCUGCUCCAAGAAAUUGGAGGAGUCCACGACGUAUGCUACCUUAGUUCAGUUAUUGACCAUCAUGUACAUGAUUGCGAUAUCAGGAGCCAAUUUUUUUUUGGUAAUUAAAAAAUUGUCUACAUUUUUAAUUUUAGUUCCUGACACUUUUGUACGCUUCUAGGCAACCUCGGAUGUACACAAGAGUGUGUACGCCCUGAUACUCGGUAUCAUUCAGCUGAUUUUUCUUUGUUGGCCCGGGGACAUGUUAAUAUCCACGGUAAAUUUCUCUGAGCUAUGCGUUUCAAGCUGGUGAAUUAUUUUAAUACAGUGUAAAAUUAAUUUUCAUUAA